CCGCCGCCUCGGCACGCCCCUCACCUUCCCCUGCAGAACUCGGGCAGCGGGCCCGGAGGGGUACCCCUCGGUCCCGACAAUGAAACCUGCUAGGACCCGUAGUUGUUUGCCGCGGGGAGGGCUGGGAUUUAUAGUUUUGAGUAGUGGCCAGAUACUUCUUGCCUCCAGCUUCCUUGCACCAGACGUUCACCUCUAGGGACCAGAGCGGAGCUUUUCCGAUCGAAACGGCGAAGACACCAUGAAGCAGCUGCCAGUCUUGGAGCCUGGAGACAAGCCCAGGAAAGCCACAUGGUAUGCCUUAACCCCCGCUGGAGACAGCCCAUGUGCUCGGGUAGGCCACAGCUGCUUGUAUUUACCCCCAGUUGGUGAUGCCAAGAGAGGGAAGGUCUUCAUUGUUGGCGGAGCAGAUCCAAACAGGAGCUUCUCAGACGUGCACACCAUGGAUCUGGGAACACACCAGUGGAGUUUAGCCACCUCGGAGGGCCUCUUGCCCCGGUACGAGCAUGCCAGCUUCGUUCCGUCUUGUACACCUCACAGCAUCUGGGUGUUUGGAGGUGCCAACCAGUCCGGAAAUCAAAAUUGCCUACAAGUUCUGAACCCUGAUACCAGGACUUGGACCACACCAGAGGUGACCACCCCCCCGCCUUCCCCAAGAACAUUCCACACAUCUUCAGCAGUCAUUGGAAACCAGCUGUAUGUCUUUGGUGGUGGAGAGAGAGGUGCCCAGCCCGUGCAGGACGUGAAGCUUCAUGUGUUGGACGCAAACACUCUGACCUGGUCACAGCCAGAGACACUUGGAACACCGCCAUCCCCCCGGCAUGGUCAUGUGAUGGUGGCAGCAGGGACGAAACUCUUCGUCCACGGAGGCUUGGCCGGGGACAAAUUCUAUGAUGAUCUUCAUUGUAUUGAUAUAAGUGACAUGAAGUGGCAGAAAUUAAGCCCCACCGGGGCGGCACCCCCAGGCUGUGCGGCCCACUCAGCUGUGGCUGUCGGGAAGCACCUAUAUUUCUUCGGAGGGAUGACUCCCACAGGGGCACUAGACACAAUGUAUCAAUAUCACACAGAAAAGCAGCAUUGGGCCUUACUUGAAUUUGAUACUUUCCUACCCCCCGGACGAUUGGACCAUUCCAUGUGUAUCAUUCCAUGGCCAGUGACGUGCACUCCUGAGGAAGAAGACUCAAAUCCUGUCACUCUAAACUGUGAUGCUGAGAAAGGGGACUCCACUGACAAAGGAGUAACCCAAGGCGCUGACCCACAGGAGGAAAGUCAGACCGGCUCAUUGCUCUGCUUUGUGUUUGGUGGGAUGAAUACAGAAGGGGAAAUCUAUGAUGAUUGUAUUGUGACUGUGGUUGACUAAUAAAACCCACAUUUUUGUUACUUUUAAUUACUUCCAGAAGUUAAGUGAAAACUUAGCUGUAUUAUACUUCCAAAAUAUUUUGUUUAUCCCUCUUGCUACCUUUGUAGGUGAGGAAAGGAACCGGAUAGCCCAGGGCAAAAAUUUCAGUUAUAUAAAGGGUUUUUAUGAGCAAUACAACCUAGGUGAGAUUGAUUGCUAAAGA